GUGAGUCAGCCUUUACGUUGAUGAAAGACUGUGUGUUAACGUUUACGUCAUUUCUUUUUUAGUUAACCUGUCAUUUGAUACAUAAGUUCAAUGUUUUAGAAACAUGGAUAGUCAAAUUUGUGGUGACGGCCGACUUCUUGAUCUGAUCGAUGAAGAGUGGAGAAAGGACAAACUACCGCUUGACGAAAUCCUUGUGCCUGCUAGUGAACUUCCAGAUCCAGAAAGUGACAAUGGAGACUCGCACAUGACUUUAAAGGAGUUGGAGCAAAAGUGGAAUAAUUUAGCUCUUGGAACACUCAGUGAAAAUCAUCUGCAUUCGCCAACUUCUUCACAUAAUUGAAAAUUUCUCCCUAACUCGCCACACAACCAUGGAAUUUCCAAGCAUGGGAGAUCAGUGCUCAAUCAAAGAUUGCCAACAACUAGAUUUUCUACCAUUUACUUGUAAUAACUGUCAACUUGUGUUUUGCAAGAUACAUUUUACUGGAACAUCUCACCCUUGCUCUCAAUCGAAUAAUGUAGUUGAGACUACAAUUAGUUCAAUCGCCACCUAUAAAUGCUCACAAAGUAGCUGUACAACCACAUCAGUUGUAGAGAUGUUAUGUAUUAAGUGUAACAAUCACUUUUGCUUAUUGCAUCGGCAUCACGGUUGCUUUGAACCAA